GCAGUUGCUGCGGAGUUCCUUGCGGAGACAAAAUACACGGAGUAAACUGUAGUCAGAGUUGUGAGUGCGCAGAGGGAUUAAGAUGUGACCCGAGCACUGGACAGUGUGUACUACGCGAGUCUGUUGUUAUAACAGAAGAUGGACGUGAAUGUCAAACAUGUGAACUACGAUACUGGGGAUCGUGGGGAAGUUGUGACCAGCAGUGUGGGGGAGGUAUGAGGAUUAGACACAGGGAGGUGUGUUGUCCAGAGAUAAUAGACUAUCACACAUGUACCAGAGAAACAUGCAGAGGCAGUGUCAAUCUUAGUGACAUAGUUGGAAAAGGACCAUGUAAUCUCGAUUGCUACAACGGUGGUGUAUAUAACGAGACAUGUCAAUGCAAACCUGGGUGGACGGGAAGCUGUUGCGAGACCAAUUGCGAUGAUGGUUAUUUUGGCAAUGGCUGCAACUCUACUUGCAAUUGUCCAACCGAUGCAAUAUGUGACAAGGAAACAGGUGCAUGUCUUCUGGAAAUCUUGUCACCAGGUCAUAGCGUCUCAAAAGAAGAAACGUCAACCCGUCUAUAUGUCAUUAUUGGAAGUGGCAUCGGUAUCUUCUUUAUACUACAGAUUCUAAUAGUCAUUUUGAUUGUUUCGUACAAGGGCCGAAAGCGACGAAAGGCGGAGAUGGAUAAUCGUUUAGACAAAGAAAAAUUCUGGUCAGGGAAGACAACAUUGGAUGGUACUGAAAACCAUUACGAAGAAAUCCCAUUUGACAAAAAGGGGGGAAACGACUGCAAAAUAUCGAAAAUAGAAACUGAUAAAUCAAUGAAACAUAAAACAUCCAUGAAGAAGAGUUCUAUUCGAAAGGGAUCUGUAAAGGUCAAUGGAAACACAGCUAUGAAAUCGGAGGACAUAUACCAAGGGCUGGCAAAAAAUGGAGAAGACUGUGGAUAUCAGGCGUUAAUUGACCCUGAUGCAAUGAAAUACAUGGCAAUGAAACCUCAGGUUAUAAACCUUGGAAACCCUGGGUACAUUUCGAUGUCUGAUUGUCCGGACAAAAGUUUAAACAAGGCAAUUGAUGACACAAAGGCGACAGAAUAUAUGUCAAUGAUUGAUGACACAAAGGCGAUAGAAUACUUGUCAAUGUACAAUGCUUCUGGAGAUACUUGUGAAAACAAAAAGAAACUGUAUAAUUUUGAAGUUGAAUAAAACUAGCACUAGAGUUACAUUUGAAAAUUGUUUCGAUUAGAAAAUUGUGAGUUUUUUUUGUUUUAUGAUGAAAAAUAUUGAUCACUAUCCUGGGUAUCAAUAUUGCAGACACUUGUGUGUAUCAUUUUAUGAGAUGUUAACUGAGUUAAGAGAAGUAGUUGAAAUCUUAGGCUCCAAAAAAUCACACGGGUUGAUAUUGCUGUUAAAUGUUUUUUCUGCCUCAUCUCGAUUUAUCUUGUCAAUCGAUUUUUUCGAAUUGUUACAUAGGCUUCUGUUUGGUUUCAGGAGUAUUUUGUUUUAAAAAAACUGGCAAAAACACACUUUUUUGGUGUAAAAUUUGUAGUCAUUGACUUUCUUGGGAACAUUUAUGACAGACCAUGUCGGCCAAAAUGUCUGAUUUUACAGAUUUGUUCCUCUUUUUAUAGACACACGUGUUAGGGGUUUAGCAAAUAACCAAUCCACAGUUGAAAUGUUUGCCAACAAAUUUAAUGAUUAACAAAACAAUAUGUUGCGCAGACUUUUUGUUUUGCUAUUAAGUCAAUUUUUACAAAUGAAUUUCCAGGUGUAUAAAGUUUAAAGCGCAAAUGUUCAUAUUGUUUUAGCGCAAGUGUCCUUUUGUGUUGCAGGUGAAAGAGCGCAAACGUCUUGCGCCCCUUGAAACAAGGAUGUCCUUUAUCGCCUAUUUUGUUCAAUUUGUAUAUUAAUGAGUUACUUCCAUCUCUUUUAAGUCUUGACUGAGGAAUAGAAAAAGGUGACGAAAAACUAUACAUUUUAUUAUAUGCUGAUGACGUUGUUAUUAUAGCAAUCGAUGAAAAAGAGCUAUAACUUUUGUUAAAUGCUUUAUAAAAUUUUUAAUAAUUUAGAGGGCAACCAAAAAUUAUUCUCAGAUUUAAGUAUACGUACGUGUGUAUGUCAUAACCUGUCAUUUGAUUUUCAGAAGGCGAAGAAAUCUUAUAUAUAUUGUAAAUAGCCCUUUACGUUUAUUGUUUAUCGUAGUAUAUCUAUGCAUUUUCAUAGACUCUUAUAAUUCUGUAUAAAUUGGCUUUCAUUUUAUGUGAUAUUGUUAUACAAUUUAUAAAUAUAUAUCGUAAUUGUUGAGAGAUGAGACUUUUAAUAAAACAUUGAAUUGAA